UGGCAUGAAGAAACUCCAUUAAAUAGUCUAUUAGACAAUUAGUAUAACAAAUCUAUAUAAUGUUUAUGCAGGGAAAGGUACAUGGACCUCAUAAAACAGUGCCAAACAAUGCAUUCCAGUGUUGGAACCGGUUCUCUUGCUUAUGUUGUAGGGUCUAAAGUUUUGGAUAUGAGAACAAGUUCCAAAGGGGAUGGAAGAGGAGAACCAAAAGCUGAAAAUACACGAACCUCCGGCGCUGAUUGUAGCAAGUUUGAUAGUUACUCUGAUUGGAACAAUACUUGUAUAGAUACAUCAAAUGCUUGUGAAAGGGAAAUCUCUAGUGAUCCUGGUGACCUUGUAAGCGUGAGGGGAAGCACAGAUGGUGUGGCAUGCGACUCGUUUUGCUCGUUGCCCAAUCCUGGUCCAUAUAGCUGUAGUCCCCCAAUAUUUGAUUCAGAAGCAAAUGGAUCAGAACCUGUUGCUCGAAAUGACUUUGACUUCCCUUCUCUGCCUGUGACAGAUUUGUUUGAGAAAAAUAGCAAAAAUAAGAAAGUACGUAGGUUACAUGAUAGUAGGUAUAUACGGCGUAAAUUGCAAUUUAGAGAUGAGCGUAUGCACAGCUUCAGCAUAAAGAACAAUGCUGAUUUAGUCAUGGAUUCAAAUGUAACACAGUCUUAUGAUUCCUUGUAUUCACGGAACUCUGAGAUUGAAAGAGCCAGCCCUGAUGUGCCUGAUCCCCUUUCACUGCAUAACAAAGUGGAACAUGAAAUUGAUAUGUAUGACAGAACUAGAAUUUCUGAAGCAUCUGAUAUGGAAAAUGUAAAUGUGAAUACAUCUGAAGGAGGUGCUCUUGGUGAAGAUAGAGUGACUGAAUGGCUCUGGACACUUCAUCGAAUAGUUGUUGAUGUAGUCAGAACAGACAGUCAUCUUGAAUUUUAUGGGGAUGCAAAAAACAUGGCUAGGAUGUCUGACAUACUUGCUGUUUAUGCGUGGGUUGAUCCUGCCACAGGGUAUUGCCAAGGAAUGAGUGAUUUGCUAUCUCCCUUUGUUGUUCUAUUUGAGGACAAUGCAGAUGCUUUCUGGUGCUUUGAAAUGCUUUUACGUCGAAUGCGUGAAAAUUUUCAGAUGGAAGGCCCAACCGGUGUCAUGAAACAGUUGCAAGCAUUAUGGCAUAUCUUGGAAUUUACUGACAAGGAAAUGUUUUCUCACCUGUCAAGUAUAGGUGCUGAGAGCCUCCAUUUUGCAUUCAGGAUGCUUUUGGUACUCUUUCGCAGGGAGUUAUCUUUUGAUGAGGCUCUUUGUUUAUGGGAGAUGAUGUGGGCUGCUGAUUUCAAGAAAUCUAUGGCUUGCAAUCUGACGGAGAGCUGUCCAGAAUUAUUGGUCAUCCAGAUUCCAAAGGAGUCAGAUGUGGAGUUGGACGAAGAAAGUAUUGACAAUAAAAGUAAACACUCUAGUGAGUCACCCUCAAAAAAUGGAUAUGCAGAAAAUACAAUUUCUGAGAACACUGGAUUGAAGUCAACUUUGGUUCACCCCUUUUGUGGGUUGGCUAGAAAUUUGUGGUCAAAAAGCGAUCACAUGCAGAAUGGAACUGAUGUGCCAAGAAUUUGGAGUAGUGAUGACGAACUACCAGUUUUUUGUGUGGCAGCUAUUCUUGUUUUGAACCGACAAAAGAUCAUUAAAGAAACCCGUUCCUUCGAUGAUAUGAUAAAGAUAUUUAAUGACAAUUUGUUAAAGAUUCGGGUGAAGAGAUGUGUGCGAACAGCCAUCAAACUACGGAAGAAGUAUUUUCACAAGCUAACUAAAAGUAGGAGUCCUGUAGCUCAUAAUGGAGAUUAAGUGUAUCCUGUUUUCGAUGGCGAAGGCAAAGGCAAAUUUAUAAUCCAAGUUCAGUUGAUAUUGAGAUUCUCAAGUUAAAAGUGCAACUAGAUGAAUGAGGCAAUCUCUCUUUUAGUACUCGAAGCCAACUACUUUUCUCGUGGAAUACGGGCGCUACAUACACAAGGUAAAACAGGUGUUUUUAAGCGACAAGGGCGCUUUAAUUGGGUCACUCAGACUAGCUAAGCACAUGCAUGAUGAUACUUUCACACCCUAACAGAACUUAAUUCUCAUAGUCCUGCCAUAUACAUUUGGCUGUAAGGUUUGACUGCCUAUAGAGAAUAUGAGGAUGUGUUGCUUUGUACUUCCCCAUUCCCAUCAUAAUAGAUAUUCAGAGAACUUCAAACUUUAGUUCUUGGUGGUUGGUAUUGUACGUGGCAAACAUUGAUUGAGCGUAUAUAUGUUUUCUCCCAAGCGUUUGUUAUUGAGUUGUCAAUCAGAAAAUGUGCAGAGAUGAAAAAAGGGUGCCCCCCUCUUUUCUGUGAAAUAAGUAUGUGGAUGCUUUUUAGUGGACACUUUGCUUUCUAAAACUAGGAGGGGGCAUGAAGCAUCUGGUUUGCCUCCUUUUUCUGUAAGUGAUCCAACAAGUGGUGGAGGACGUAACAUUUGUCGGAUCCUCUAAACUUUUAUUCCAGUACUUUACUUCCGUAUUUUUCUCCAGAUUAACUUCGCUAAGUUUUCUUUUUAUGUCUUAGAUUUUGAGAUGGAAAUGUGAUGAGACUUUAAAGUUUUAAAUUAUUCAAAUUCUUUUCCCUCCAAUCCCUACCCAACUACCCCUCACCAUCCCCAGCGGCCAGCGGCGAUCAUUGCCUCGGAAAAAAAUUCAAAAACUGUCAUCGGAUUGUCGUCGAGGUCUCAUCAAUCUCUCUAUCAGCUGCCGCCCAUGCCGUCGUCUUUCUUUCCUUCAACCAUGUCAGCGAUUGAGAAGCAGAGGUAUUUCCAGAGCAUUCAAAGGCACUCAUUCGUCCCUGCUUCUCUGCCGGAAAAUAGAGUAAAGCCAAAAGAAAAAGAAAAAAGUGAUUCAAAAAGUAUAGCUACGAAGUGAUUCACUCUUCAUCUCAUCUGCUUUACGUAAUAAUUAAUUGUUAAUCAGUAUGAGUAAUAAUGAUCCAUGUUGAGAAGGAACGAUGAAUUUCCAGAGCAUUAUUCAAAGGCAAAGCCACUCAUUUGAAGGAGCGAUGGCUCGAAAAUGUCUGAUGGACAAUACUGCGUAUAUUAGUUUUAGGAUUUAGAUGAGGA